GCUCUCUCGUUCCUCCCCUUCCGUUUCCUGUCCCUGCAUUGCCAUUCAUUCUUUUCCUUCUCCUCUUGUCUGGUGGACGUUACGCCUCCAUUACUUGCUGCCUCGCUCCUGCCGUUUCAUGGUUGUGUCUUCGUUGCUCCUCUGAGCAUGCGUAACACCAGCGAGCUCCCACCGCCUUGUUAUCGCGGUCUCGCCUCCCAAGUGCGGCGCACGGUAGGUGCUCGACGAAAUGUUUGUUUGUCUCGUGCCCUUGCUUGCCCCAUAGCUACUCCUUGUUCCGGUGUUUAUCGUGGUUAAGAACAGCGCUCGUCUGUUGUCUGUUAAGGUCUGCGUAGUUUCCAUUGCUUCGCUCGCUCGAUGGUGUCACCGUGUCAAUCACCAUGGCUGUCGUGCUGAUGCGUGGUGCUUGACGUUUGUGCCUCGCCGUUCCCUCAUUGCUGUGCUUAUGAUGCUGCUGUCGUUGUUGCACCUUGUCGUACUCGUACUUGUAUCGCUGUAGGUUGCUGCAAGCGGCUGGUUUCGUGCUCGGUGUUGUUGUCCUCGCACUGAGGUUUUCAGGGAUGUUGGUGGUGCAAUCUUCGGAGAUUUCUGUGCUUCAAGCUCGUGUGGGAACAUGUUGUAUUACAUUGAGCAUUUGUGCAAUGUUUGUAUUGUCCCUGCGCCAAUGGCUGCCUUGAGACAGUGGUGGAUCAAUAAAUUUAUGGAUGGAUCUCACCAAUAUAGAGACAAUAAACAUAUUGUAACGAAUGUUUCUUGCUCCUUUUCUAGUUGACCGGGUCACAAGAUUUUCCUUGUCUGCACAGUGUUCUGCAGUUCGACAUGUCUCGUCAUCAACUGAUAACACUAAUUCUAGGAGUGAUGACAUCCAUGUAGCUAAUGAACAAGUUCAUGGUCCCAUGAGUUCCAUAUCUGAUCUUCAGAUUUGUUAUGUAAACUUCAGCUAUAAUGUUAUGCAACUUAUUACUUGCUUGUACUCUUUGCAGGAAGUCAUAUUUUCCUGUUUUGGGAAAGCAUGUCUUCUCAGUAGUAUCAUAUAUGUACUACCACCCAGCUGUUUAGCAGAAUCAUGUGAGCAAGAGUACUCUCUCCCUAACAUGCCUUUGCUGUUUGCAAUAGCCAUGGUCGGUGCUACUGUUGGAGGGCUCCUUGCAAGACAGAGGAGAGGGGAGCUUACACGGCUGAAUGAUCAGUUACGUCAGAUAAAUGCCGCACUACGAAGACAAGCAAAGAUUGAAUCUUAUGCUCCUGCUUUAAGCUAUGCACCAGUUGGUAGCAAGAUACAAGAAUCAGAAGUCAUUGUUGAUCCUCAGAAGGAGCGCCUUAUUGCAUAUCUGAAGACUGGGAAGAACUACCUCAGGAACCAAGCUCCUGACAAGGCAUUUCCUGAGUUUAAAGCAGCACUUGAUCUUGCACAAUCUUUGGGUGAUCAUGUUGAAGAGAAGAAAGCAGCACGAGGAUUAGGAGCAUCCUUGCAAAGACAAGGUAAGUACAAGGAAGCCAUAAAGUACCACUCCAUGGUGCUGAACAUCUCCAAGAUGAACGGAGAGGAUUCAGGUGUCACCGAAGCAUACGGAGCAAUAGCAGACUGCUACACCGAGCUGGGUGAGCUUGAGAAGGCAGGCAAGUUCUACGACAAGUACAUUGCAAGAUUGCAGAGUGACUGAAAACAAGGGCCCUUAUCCGACUUUCUCAGCAUGUCACAUAAUGUUUUGUAGAUGUGCAGUUCCUUGCUCGGACUUCGGUUUGCUGUCAUCUUUCAAGUUCUCUUUACUGAAUUAAUUAUCGAUGUUUUUGGCACAGAUUAGUACCAUGCUGUGUAGUUAUCUUGAUAGUAGUAGCUGAAAGUUCAGUACA